UUUAUGGGCGCCUCUGUCCCUCGGCACCAGGUUCUUUAAACCCUUCCUCUCCCUUUUUCAUUUUUCUUCAUUUUUUUCUUAUAAUUUCUAUGAAAAUAGAUUGUUUCCUUAUCUGUUGAAUUCAUAAGGACUCCAUUAGUGUUAUAUAUAUAUAUAUAUAUAUUAUAUUAUAUUUCACAUUUUUUUCAGCUCAUUUCUCGCUGAUGAACCACAAAAUUUCAAGCUUUCCAUGAAAGUUUCUUCUUCAAUCCUCAGCAAGCUCUUGUUCACCACAAUAAACCCAUUCAGGCAGAUUCCUAGUAAGAAAUUCUCAUCAUGUGCUUCAUGUCUUUUAGAAUCCCAACAUUUCAUCACUCAACAACACACUGAAGAAUGCAACAACCCUAUGAGUAUGAUCAAAUCGAUACUCUCGAAACGAGGUUUUAAUAUUAACCCCGAGAAUCUACAUGCUGUUGAUUUGAAUGAGUCAAAUUUGAUUCGGAUUUUGAAUGAUUUAUUCGAUGAAAGUUCGAAUUCUGAGCUUGCUUUGCAUUUCUUCAAGUUGUCUGAGUAUUGCAUUGGAUCAUCGCAUUCGAAUAAAUCGGUGUGUAAGAUGAUACAUAUAUUGGUUUCCGGGAACAUGAAUCAUAUAGCGGUGGAUUUUAUUCUAUAUUUAGUGAGAGUUAGUGUUAGCAAAGAUGUUCCUGUGGAUGAAUUGUUGAAACUCUUUUACGAGACUCAUAGUGAUAAAACAGUUUUACGAACUGUGUAUAGCAUGCUUGUUGAUUGUUAUAUAAGAGAAAAGAAGGCUGAUUUGGCAUUUGAAUUAACGUGCCAAAUGAAGCAUUUUGACAUGUUUCCGUCAGUUGGCGUUUGUAAUUCAUUGCUUAAGGCGAUGUUAAGGUUAAAUCAAUUGGACUUGGCUUGGGAUUUUCUUGAUCGAAUAAUGAGGCAAGGGAUUCAUUUGAAUGUGUCGAUUAUUACUUUGUUUAUCAACAUGUACUGCAAUAAAGGCCACCUUUUAAGUGCCUGGAAAUUGCUGAUGGACAUGAAAAACUACGGCAUUAAACCGGAUGUUGUUGCAUAUACUAUCAUAAUCGACACUCUUUGUAAGAUGUCUUGUUUAGGAGAAGCAACUUCGAUGCUGUUUAAAAUAACUAGAUUUGGAGUUUUUCCGGAUUCAGUUUUGGUUAGUUCUGUUGUUGAAGGUUACUGUAAAGUCGGAAGACCAAUGGAAGCAAUGAAUGUUAUAAAAUUCUUUAAUCUUAAACCAAAUAUUUUUGUGUACAAUAGUUUCAUCGCAAAGUUUUGUGCAGAAGGAAACAUGGUAAAAGCUUCUCUGAUAUUUCAAGAGAUGCUUGAAUUGGGCUUGCUUCCUGAUUGUGUUAGUUAUACCACUAUAAUUGGAGGCUAUUGUAGAGAUCGGGAUAUGGGUAGAGCUUUUCAAUAUUUCGGGAAAAUGUUAAAAUGCGGAAUUAGCCCAUCUGUGACUACAUACACAUUGCUCAUUGAUGCUUGCUGCAAAUCCAAAGACUUGGAAAUGGCAGAUUAUUUAUUUCAUAAGAUGAUAAUGGAGGGUUUGGUACCGGAUGUUGUUACAUUUAACACAUUAAUAGAUGGAUAUGGAAAGAUGGGCCACUUACACAAGGCCUUUAUGCUUGUAGAUAUGAUGAGAUCAGCCGGCAUUUCUCCAGAUGUUACAACCUAUAACAUUAUUAUUGAUAGCCUAAUUAAAAGAGGAUUUACGAAUGAGGCGAAAGAUAUUCUGAAUGAGCUUGUCCGAAGGGGUGUUUCUCCUGAUAUGGUGACAUUUACAAAUAUCAUAGAUGGGCUCUCCAAGAAAGGGGACUUUCAGGAAGCAUUUCUUGUAUGGGUUUACAUGAGUGAAUGCGCUGUGAAACCUGAUGUCUUGACUUGCAGUGCUUUACUUAAUGGCUACUGCAGGGAAAGACGGAUGACAGAAGCUAAUGCUCUGUUUGUUAGGAUGCUUGAUAGUGGGUUGAGCCCGGACCUGGUAUUAUACAAUACUCUCAUUCACGGAUUUUGUGGCAUUGGAGACAUGGACAAGGCAUGCAACUUGGUGGAAAUGAUGAUUAGAGAUGGUAUCCUGCCUAAUAAAGGUACUCAUCGAGCAUUCAUCCUUGGGUUUGGGAAAAAGUGGGUCAAGAACCCUGAAGAGACUGCAGCUUUGAAACUGCAACAACUUCUGCUGCAAUAUGAUAUCCAUGUUGAUGUCAGUGAUUGUAUAGAUAUGCCAUAACUUUUCAGCUGAUGUGCAACAUUGCCUCCGAGGAUUCCUCUAGAUGUGGUAUUGUUGGUAUGACUUAAUCUUAACUGAGAGCUUGUCCAUAAGGUGUCAUCUUUGCUUAAUAGUAAAGAUCUGCUUUGGCACUCAUGAGUAGUUGUGUUUGAUUUCCAGGAGGCUGACUUUAAGGUAACUCAAGGGUCUUCAUCUUCAAAAUGCAGAUAUUCUUUAAAACUUGUUGCAGAUCUAUGACAGCAAUUACCUACCAAGUGUAAUGGUCCUUUGAUUUUAAUUGUCUCCAGUUCAAAAAGACAAGCUUCAAAGACGGCCCUGUGUGUUGAAACUCACAUGAGUUUGCGGAUAUACCUCCUCAAAGACCAUCCAAAUAUAUGGAAAAACUUCAAAUGGAGAUUACCUGUGUAGGGCAUAUACUUGCAUCUAACACUCAAAGUAUAGUUUGAGUAACAAUAUAAAAGAUAUUGCUACAGUCCAACAGCAUCUUCUAUGCUAGUGGUGCUAAAAUCAACCAUCUCAUUUUGUGGGCAUUGGAUGCUCGUGUUUGUUGCUGAUUGGCUUCCGCCUUUGCCGCCGUGGAUCCGAGAUAGCGGAUUUGCUAUGCUGUGGUGUGGGUUUGAUGUGUAGGCCUCUUGUUAUUUCUAAUGCUUUGUUACUUGGUGUGCAUGAUUUAGUCUACCUGGUUUGUUAUGCUCCUGGUUUUCUUGAUUUUAGUGGGCCAAGAAUAUCCAACCCGACUUUGUAAACCAUUUUUCAUUGGAAUAAAUUCUUUAUUUGUUAAAAAAUAAAA